AUGGAGUUCAAGCUGGAGGCGCACCGCAUCGUCAGCAUCUCGCUGGGCAAGAUCUACAACUCGCGGGUCCAGCGGGGCGGCAUCAAGCUGCACAAGAACCUGCUGGUGUCCCUGGUGCUGCGCAGCGCCCGCCAGGUCUACCUGAGCGACCCGUGUCCCGGCCUCUACCUGGCCGGUCCCUCCGGGACCCCCCUGCAGCUGCCCUCGGAGCUGGCGGCCGGGUCCCCGGCGGGCUGGGGAGAGCCGCCCCCGCCGCCCGCCCCCGCCGCCGGGCUGGAGACCGAGCCGCGGCCGGAACUCUCUGCGGCCCCAGACGCUCUGCGGGCGGGUGACGCCGAGCCCGCGACUACCGUGACCUGCGCCAGGGACACUCUUCAGGGCGGAGAGGUGGCGGCGGGGGGAGCCGGGGACCCAGCCGGAGGCUCGGACGUCUUCCCGGGGGGGCCCCGAGAGGCUCGCCGCUACCGUGGCUGCCCCCAAGGGGUGGAGGACCAGCCGGGGACGCCGGGCGCGUCUCCCCCCGGGGACCGCAGCGCGGAGGACGGGCCCCCCGCGCCGGCCCCGCUCUGCCCCAGGAAGCGCCCCGCGGCGGGGGCCGGCGGCUGGGGCCUCGCGGGCCGCCCGGCGCCCGGCCUGACCCCGGUGAAGAAGCCCCGCUGGGACCCGGAGGGACCGCUGGGCCGGGCGGAGGAAGGGGAGGAGGAGGAGAUGGAGACCGGGAACGUGGCGAACCUCAUUAGCAUCUUCGGCUCCAGCUUCUCGGGACUCCUGCGGAAAAGCCCGCGGGGCGGCGGGGAGGAAGCCGAGGGCGAGGAGAGGGGCCCGGAAGCCGCCGAGCCCGGGCAGAUCUUCUGCGAUAAGGGGGUGCUGAGAGACAUGAACCCCUGGAGCACAGCCAUCGAGGCCUUCUGA